GUAAACCGGUAGCAACGCAGCGCGUCCUCUGGGUCUCCAGGCGCAGCUAUGGUCACCGGUGGCGGCGCGGCCGCCAAAGAGGCGCUGCGCUACGCCGAAUACCUGCCCCCCUCCACCCAAAGGCCGGAUGCCGACAUCGACCACGACGCGGGAAGAAGGCUGAUAGCAGUAGGACUAGGUGUUGCAGCUGUUGCAUUUGCAGGUCGCUAUACAUUUCAAAUCUGGAAGCCUCUACAACAAGUAAUCACCGAAACAGCAAGGAAGAUUUCGUCACCGAGUCUUUCAUCCUACUAUAAAGGAGGAUUUGAGCCGAAAAUGAGUAGGCGAGAAGCUAGUCUUAUUUUAGAUGUAAGUCAAUCUGCUAGCAAGGCCAAGAUUCAAGCAGCAUUCAAUAAAAUGAUGAGGUUGAACCAUCCAGACCGAGGUGGAUCUGGUUACUUAGCAGGAAAAAUAAUUGAAGCAAAGAACUUGCUACUAUCAUUCACCAAACAAAAGUGAUGCUGAAGGACCAUGCCCAAGGGAAACAAACUGCAAAGCACUAAAGUCCUACAGAAGAACAUGGAACAUUGACCAAAUCUGUCCUUCUGUCAUUUAGUGUGCAGCAAUAAAAAACAUGUGGCCUUGCUCGUCAUUCCCUUCGAAGGGGAGCGAAUUUGUAUGUUCUGAAGCUGGUGCUUUGCCACAUUAUUCCAUAUGUAAUAUUAUACUUAUAAAGACUUAGUCUAACUCUCUCUCUGCCCCCAACAUACACAGAAAGGUAUAAGUAACGGUCAUGAUGGCAUGGGAUCUGUGAACAGAGCUGAAGUUCUCUUCUUUGUGGUUUUGCAUAUGCCCUCGCUUUAGAAGGAUUGGGGACUGUUUCAAUGUCAGGGACUUUAAAUGUUUUGAGUCCAAAUGUAUCUAAUUUACUAAAUCAUGAUUUUAGGGCAGUCACUGGAACUUGAAAGGGCACUCUGCUCUCUGAGACCCUUAGCUAUAGCUAAAGCAUGAGGACCCGGAGAAGUACUAACAUGAUUAAAGGUUUACAAAACUAGCCCUACGGGGAAAGGCUGGAAAAAGCCGAUUCGAUUAUGCUUAGUGAUGCCAAUCUGCAAUGUAAUAGAAAAGGUGGAUCAUUUAGUUAGAGAAAAAGAAUGUUAAAUGUAGCAGGCAUUGUGCUUUGUUUUGUUUUUAGCCCUCAGAGCGUAUCCUGUGUUUUGUUUGAACAAUAUUUAAAACCAAAGUUUUACAUGGUAAUGUGUUUUACCAAGAUGGGUAAAGGUGCAAAAUUAUCAACACCUUGAGGACCAGCGUAGAGUCUGAAGGGAGCCCACAGAGUCCGUGGACUAUCUAUCACUCAACUUGACUUUCCUGUCUGGAGUAAAACUUCAUUCUAUGGGGCUGGCAAAAAAGGGGAAAGCCACACAUAGACUCUUAAGGUCUUUCUCUGUGCUUGUCCAUUUCUCGCUUAGUGUUUAUUAUUUUUCCUUAUAUAUCCCAACACAAUCUUUCAGGCAGUAUAGAAAUUUGAAUGUAGUUACAUUCUUCUUUUUCAAGUGAAUGGUUAUAAUGAAUUACAGAUUAAAAAAAAACAUGUUUCCCAUUUCCCUUACAUGAUUAUAACAUCCUACAUAUUAUAGACGAAAAACAGAUUAUCCCAAGAUAAUGUUCAUAUUCUAUAUAUGUUCAUAUCCAAGCAACUUGUUAUAGAUUAACAGAGUGUAAGCAAGCAAAGUAUUUUUUUCCCAGCCAGUUCUUUUACUGGCUGCCUGCCUUGUGCAGUUACAAAGAAAGUAUCGAUCACUUUAUAUCUUAUCUCAAAGGGUGAUCUUAUAAACAAUCUUAAAAGAAUCAUAAUCCUAAACUUUCAUAUAUGAAAAACAAUCAGUCAUCUCUACUUUAAAUCCUCAGGGUGCGUACCCACCCAUCAACAGCUUUAUAUCAGGAAGCUGAGAGCAGAAACGAGUACAAGGAAUGCAUCAUCGUCUUUGAUCACCAACCAAUCAGCAAGAAAGUCACAUCAGUCAAGAAUAACUGGGCUGCUUUGUUCUUGUUCACGGACCGUAAUGAGUCCUUCCCUCAACUCUGUGCCUUCCUAAACUCCAGAUUAUUUCCCAAGGUUUUUCACCUCAAAGCUAUUAACAAAAACAUCUUAAUCUAAGCGUAAGUCAUAUUUUAAAGCUUUGUUUUAGCUACAGUGCACAUUGAAACCUGUGCACACAUCUCUCAACAUUAAGAUUAAAAGAACUUGAGCUAAUUUAGCUUAUGGGACUCAAACUUUUUUUUAAUUAUUAACCUAAGCUGCAGUCUAUACGACUCCUCAAAAGAAACUAGCCGUGUGGCAUUGCCUUGUUCUGUUUUUCUACCCUCUGCAGAGCCUGUUUUAUCAGGGGUGGGGGCAACACCAAAUCUUCCUUUUUUUCCUAUAUUAGUUUUUCCACUAAGGUAACCUCUAGCACAAUCCCUCGCUCUAUUUUUUUAAAGGCCCUCAAUCAUCAAAAUCCUAUAUAAACUAAGACUAUUAUUGUAUAAAAUCAUCGCUUCAGUUAAACAGUACAUCUUAGGAAGAAAUCAUCUUCAUAAUAAUCCACAAAUCAAAACAACUAGUAGAAUGGGAUACUCCCAUGAGGUAAUCAUACCUCAUUAAAGGCAAUGGGGAUCUCCCCACACCCACUCACACCAUGCCAGAUAGCAGAGAAAAAUGACAGCAACCAACACGUGAAGAUAGAGUAGUAGCAAGAGAUAUUUUGGGGCCAAGGCUCCUGGGGCCUUACCUGUCUGAGAGUCAACCAACCACCAGUGUCCUGAAUUCCUGUGGACUGAUCCCCUGCUGCCCCUCUGACAUGACCACCAGCACAAAAUAAAUUAAUUCUUAAAAUGCAAAUGUUCAGACUAAGUAGAAGAAAUACUUUGGAACAUGGGUGACUUUUGCUACAUAUUUUUUUCUAUUAACAAGAAAAUCCAAGACUUGUGUUACUUAUGAUUACCCAACAAGGCCAUUAAAGAUGCCAUGCCUGUGUGGGAGAAUUUUUUUGGUUGUCAUGGGAAACCUUGAAUAUAGAAAAUAGCUUUCUGUGAUUUAUCUUCCGCACAUUUCAUAAUUAGCUUAAAAUAGUUUAAUGACAUUUGUGGGAACAGAUGAAUCAGCCAGAUCCUUAAUGUCACAAAUAAGAGGUUUCUGUGACUCAGUCAACUUAGGGUGAGCUGUUGAGACCAGGGAGUCUGCUCAUCCCCCAACUCUUCCCCAGAGCAGGCCUCCGACUGCAGGAGGAUUUGACCGAGAGGUGUGCAUCAUCAGCAUCCUUCCUUGCUUCUAACGAAAGGGCAACCCAAGGUGCCUAGCUAUUAUCAGUAGGUCAGUAUCAACUAGUUAUCAAAAGCAUUUUGUGAAUUAUGGGCCAAAAUUUUAUUUUUUGUGUAGUUACACACAUUAGGAAAUUAAAAUUUCUACCAGUAUAAUUCAUUAGCUGGAACUUUUUUGGUUUUUCGAGGCAGGGUUUCUCUGUAGC